GAUUGAUCCCCAGACGCGUCAAUGCGAGUUGCAUCAUUCACUUUUGAUGUACUGCAAAACUUCCUAACUGUUCGAAGCUCAGUGUUGAUACUGACUAUGUGAGGGGCUCAAGCUUUAGACAAAAUUGCCAGAGGGAAUAUAGUCCAGUCGUGGAUCAAGCCACACGCUUCACACCUUGCACGCGCCAGCCUAGGUAGCAUCAUGCUGGAGCCUGUGUGGAUUGCGGCAAACUCUAGAUGACACAUCCGUUGUUGUUUGUUGCCUGUCGCAUGCCCCGCGUAUAAAGCUCCCAUGGUCCAAUCCUCUUCCCCGCAACGCCACCUACAAACAACAUGGCUACUGAACAAUCUCCAGAUGUCCCGGCUGGGAAGAAGCGGUUCAUUCCUCUGGAGAACAACCCAGAGGUCAUGUCCACGCUCGUCCACAAGCUUGGUCUCUCUGAGAAGCUCGCAUUCCACGAUGUCUUCAGCAUCGACGAACCAGAGCUGCUUGCCUUUGUCCCCCGCCCUGCACACGCGCUACUCCUUGUCUUUCCCGUAAGCGACACAUAUGAGAAGUUCCGCGUUCAGGAAGACAAAGACCAGCCAGAAUACCAAGGCAACGGCCCGGAGGAAGAGGUAGUCUGGUACAAGCAGACCAUUGGCAACGCAUGCGGACUGAUAGGUCUGCUACACGGUGUCUCGAAUGGCGUGGCGCGCGCCAACAUCGGCACAGAAACCAACUCGAACCUGGCCAAACUUCUGAACGACGCGAUUCCCCUCAAGCCCGUCGACCGCGCCAAUCUCCUCUACGAAUCUGAAGCGCUCGAGAGCGCUCACCAAGCUGCCGCCAGCGGGGGAGACACUGGUGCUCCUGCUGCCGAAGACAACGUCGACUUGCACUACGUCUGUUUUGUCAAAUCGGAGAACAACAACCUCUGGGAACUGGACGGUCGGCGCAAGGGUCCUCUCAACCGCGGGCAGCUGUCUCCAGACGAGGACGUGCUGAGCGACAAGGCCUUGAAUCUAGGAGUGCGCAGCUUCCUCAAGCGCGAGACAGAGGCUGGAAAGGGAGACUUGAGGUUCAGCCUGAUUGUUCUUGCGGAGUCGCUGGAUUAG